UCCAGGAAGUGACGGCGACGUCAAUAAUAACAUUUGAUACAACCAGCGUAAUAGUGUCGCGACAUCCGUCUUAGAGCGUUUAAAUUCACAAUUCACAACAAUGUCUUCGGAUUUUGAAGCCUACGAACAGGAAUUUGGUACUCUCACCGCAGAAAUUACCAACAAAAUAGGAAGAAUACCUAAACUUGGUGGAGAGGACAAGACGCAGCUGGUUCUAAAUGUCGACAAACAGCUUGAGGAAGUCAGAGAGUUGUUGGAGCAGAUGGACCUGGAGGUACGAGAGAUCCCCAUUCAGAGCAGAGCCAUGUACAACAGCCGCCUGAAGAGCUACAAACAGGAGGUGGAGAAGCUCGAGAAGGACUUUAAAAGGUCACGUAUUGCCUACAGUGAUGAGGUGCGGAACGAGCUCCUGGGGGAUGAUGGGGGCUCCUCAGAGAGUCAGUUGAUAAAGUUACGUGAAGAGAGAGCACAUCUGUUGGACAACACAGAGAGGCUGGAAAGGUCAUCUCGGAGACUGGAGACUGGCUACCAGAUAGCGGUGGAAACCGAACAAAUAGGCCAGGAGAUUCUAUCCAAUCUACACACUGACCGCGAGAAGAUCCAAAGAUCCAGAGAGCGGUUGAGAGAGACUGAUGCGAACUUGGGCAAGAGCUCCCGUGUCCUUUCAGGCAUGCUGAGAAGGUAAGAGGAAGGGUCAUUCAGAACCGUAUCCUGAUCUUCAUCCUGGGCGCCAUCCUCCUCCUCUCCAUCGUCCUGGCCAUCUAUUUCAAUCUGCGAAGCCACUGAUCUCCAGUGACGGGUCCUGUGUGUGUGUGUGUGUGCGUGUGUGUGAUUAAUAGCAACAAAAAGCACGCUGGAGUAAUUAGGACAAAUUGUUCGUAUGAAUCAUUCCUGGUGGGCAGUGACAGGUCAUCUCCUCUCUCCACUCUCUCCUGCGGAGCACAACCGCGCCCGCUCUACCCUCUAGUCAUACUGCUAGGACCUUACUGUUCAAACCUUUUGCAUGGGACCUCCUUCCGGCUGACCUCCACGUACAUCGUCCACAUGGUGGUAUAACGACAGAGGAAGAAAAGGGGCUUCAGUCUUAUGAUCUGUUUAUUUUAUUUAAACAUUUUGUUGUUAAUACUGCUUCUUCCAUGACAGAAUUGUGUGUCUGCGUGCACAUGCAUGUACACUUCCAGUCCCAGCGUAGUCCCUGCUCACUUCUGGGUGUGUGACAUGCGCAUGAAGGCUUGGGCCAGGUUUCUAGUGCAGCACACAGAGCAGAAUCACACACUACACCCAGCCCAAAGGUCAGUGCCUUUAGCAGCAAACACACACACGCCUCUCCCAGUCACGCUUCAUCCAGGAUUAGUAGCUUCUCACGCUGUUCCUCUAAGGUCAGUAAAGGCCUUGUGUGUGUUCAGGCAACCCAGCAGGACCACUUUUAAACCUAUGCCCCCCCCCCCCCCCCUUAGCUUUAGUAAUAAUGUAUGGCAUAAAUAUUUGUUAACACACUCGCACAUUACUGAUAUCUGUCUUUAUUUUAAAUUGAUGAUUAUUAUGGUGAUGUAUUUACCUUCUUUCAUUAAAUAUGAAACAUUUUAUUGAUCAUUGCAUAAUAUGUGUGUGUAUAUAUAUAUUUCUGUGUAACGCAAAAAUGUGUGUAUACUGUACAUGGAUCAAAAAUCAGACGUGUGUGUGUUUGAUUCUGAAGGCUGGUCAUUUAUCUUAUGGCUUAUUUGAAAAAAAUUUAGCAUGGAAUAAUUUUGAAGCUUUUCAUUUUUGAUCCAUAGUGCUUUUUCUUUCAUUUUUAGGACCAACUCCUGGUGAAUGAUGGUGUUAGUCAUAUAGUUCAGCUUACAGCAGCUUAUUGUAUUCGAUUGGUUGCACGUGUAUGAGUGUGUGUUGAUGUUUUACACAGUGUCCUAUAUGGUCAGGAUAGAAAUGGUGCAGACUGAGAAAUCACCACUGCUUUAGAUUUAUGCAGCUCAAAUAUACUGUCUGUUCACAUGUGAACAUUUAAAAGACACACACAGAGCACACCUAUUGAUACAGUGUUUAUUAUUCCCGCUGCACGUGACAGAUAUAUCUCUCUAGUGUGUGCACACACUCACACGCUUUUUCUCCUCCUCUGGCUGAGGGCCUGAUGGACGGACAGACAGGCAGAGGGCAUUUGGUAUUCUGUUUCAGGCUGGGUAGAUUGUCUUAUUUUGGAAGCAGCAUGGUGGGGGGCUUUCUCUGCCUCUGCUUCACAGCUCGGGCUUCAAAGCACCAAAUUAAUGGCCAACAAAAUAGUGUGUCUCUGUCCGUCCCAUGUGGGGCCAACCCGUCGAGAGUUAUCAUUAAGUUCAGGAAUAAAUGAACAAAAAAGGAGAGAGGAGGAAGAGGGAGGAUGAGGAGGGAACAGCAGAAUCCUGCCUGUUUUACAAACCUCAUAAGAUAAUGACCUCAGUGAUUGAGUUUUUCAUCAACACGCUUAGACAGGACUGGGUGUCUGCUUGUCUUCUAUGUGUGUUUGUCCUCUCUCCUCCUUUAGAAAUAUGCGUGUGUGAGUGAGCACUGGAUCUAAGCACCUGUGUGUGUUGAAUCCAGGCAUGCUGUGAGUAUAUUUUGCUUGUUAUAUGUGUGGGUGUGCGUGUGUGUGUGUGUGUGUGUGUGUGUGUGUGUGUAUAUGUGCACAUGUUUCACUGACUGAGUGUCUCUCUCUCUCUCUCUCUCUCGCUCUCUCUCUCCCCCUCCCUCCCUCCCUCCCUCUCCCCUUCCAUCCUUCUCCCUCAGCCUGUCAGAUCCUCUCAGUAGUGAGUGGCUGGUGGAAGGCAGCGUGGCUGCGGCUCUAUUUGAAGUUGUAAUGGUGUCAAAAAGUCAGGGCUGACUGACAGCCGUCAGUCCCACUGGGGCUCAUUAAAUCAUAACAACUUGACAAGGAAAUAAUUGAGCACUGAUGACAAGUUGAGGCCCGUUUAGAUGUUUUUAUUUUCUUUCAUUAUGCCUUCUGACUAUUAUCUUCAUUAAGAAAUUGCAUUAAAGUACUCUUAGGGGGCUAAUGAUUUGUUUAUAUCCUCUUUUUUAUUAUUUAAACAGUAGCCGUGUCUUCUGAUACCUCGGCAGGCUGCGGCUAUCAUCUGCUGCAUCUAUUUUUCUCCACACACCUUUUUCUCUAUAUAUCUUUUGUCUCUCUUUUUCUUUUCCCUCCCUCCUGUCCUUCUUCUCUCCUUCUUUCCCUCCUCCCUCCUCCUCGUUAUCUUCGUCUCUUCCUCACUCUCCUCACUCUCUACUUCUUUUCCUCCCUUUUCUGUGUAUUCUGUCUACGUUCUUUCUUUCCUUCUUCGGAUUGCUCUCAAAAUUCUCCCCCUUCUCCUCACUCCUUCAUCCUGCUCUCCUCCACAUCACCUCUCUCCCUCUCUCCUCCUCACUCUCAUCCUCCUCUCUCCUUCUAUCCAGUUCAUUCUCCUCUCCUCUCUCCCUCUCUCCUCCUCACUAUCAUCCUCCUCUCUCCGUCUAUCCUGUUCAUUCCUCUCCUCUUUCCCUCUCUCCUCACUCUCAUCCUCUCUCCUUCUAUCCUGUUCAUUCUCCUCACACCCUCUCUCCUCAGUCUUCUCUCCUCUUUCCCUCUCCCCUCACUAUUAUCCUCUCUCCUUCUAUCCUCUUCAUUCUCCUCUCCUCUUUCCAUCUCUCCUCACACUCCUCUCCUCUUUCCCUCUCUCCUCACUCUCAUCCUCUGUCCAUCUCUCCUCUUCUUUCUCCUCCUCAUUCUCCUCUCCUCUUUCCAUCUCCCCUCCUCAUUCUCCUCUCCUCUUUCCCUCUCCCCUCCUCAUUCUCCUCUCCUCUCCCCCUCUCUCCUUCUCAUUCCUCUCUCCCCUUCUUCCUUAACUCAGUCCUCACUCUCUCCUCCCUUCUCACUUCCUUAUCUUCCACACCUCCUUGUUCCCUCUUCCACUCCCUCCUUUCUCCUCACUCUAAGCAACUUUCUCUCUCCUCUUUCGCUCCUUCCCACCCCCCCCUCUCUCGCAGCAGGACCUAUGGAAGAGUCAUUACCCUCUGAUAGGCUGUGUCUUAUUCCAAGGGACAGCUAUAGCAGUAGGUGUGCUCACACUUUAAUAUAUCACUCAGACUCAUGUUAACCAUCAUAGUGUCUUUAGAUAGCAGGCCCUCAGCCAGCUGACAGAAGAACGUUGAUUAACCACAGCCCUCGCUUUCCUGUAACACUCAUAAUAGACCUACAGUGUAACAGUAAUCUGAGCAUGUAUACACAUGAAUCCCUGUGCUAUAGUGUGUGUUAAUAAUUCCACACAGGACAAUGGAAAAGCUUCCUGUUAUUUAUACUUUAGCAGUUUCGAGUAAGACUCCAGUGUUUUUCACCCCAAACCAUAUUCAUAGGAUUACCACAAGCAACUAAGAAUUCUGGCAUGUUUCUCAGUGCUGAGAACUGAAAACCUGUUUACUUAAAACAGUUAUUGAGGCAGUUAUUGUUCCCCAGUACAAGGAAACAGUGCUUGUGGUAAUCACACACACGUCACAGAUGUAGAGUAUAAUGAAUAGGAUUUUUCUUAUUUUUUAAAAAAACAAUAACAACAUUUUUUAGGUUUUAGAGCACCCUCUGACAUGUAAAACUUGUGUGUGAGAGAGAGAGAGAGAGAGAGAGAGAAUAAAUAAAGCUUGAAGCACAAUGGGACGUCCAUGUUUCAUCAGGUAAAGGUUCUCUCUUGAGAAAUGUCCCUGUCCCCUUCCUCAACCACAAUGAUAUGGCUUAGGUAGUGCAGAAUAAAGUCGUGUGUGUGUGUGUGUGUGUGUGUGUGUGUGAACCCUGUGGUGAACAGCAGCACAGGGAGAUUUACCAUUUGUUUAUAAUUCUGAGUUGUCCAUGCAUACAUGACACUAUUGUAACCAUCUGUAAAAUACUGAAUAACAAGAACAUGAAAUGAUGUCCAUCAGUGUUGUCCUUUCCCGGAUUGUCCCUUUUCUAGUAAAUGCCCAUGGAUUGGACAUGGAUGUGUUGCUGUGAUCAUGUGCCCAGUGUAAUAUUUGUGUAUGUUUGAGAGUGCAUAGCAUCUGGCCUCAGACUUCCUACUGAUCAGAUCCAUCUUUCUCGAUUAGCGUGACUACUGUUCCUAUUCUUCCUUUGCUUUCAUUUGUCAGUGAUUUUUAUGGAUUGUGAUCUCUGUGGAUGUGCCGAGUGCUUGUCUAGUUGUAACACUGUCAUUAAAGCAGUAUUGCAUUUCAACACCA